AUGGGCCCACUUUUUCUGCUUGGAGAUUCUCAACCUGUCAAGUAUGGCAAGAAGAAAAUCAAAUACAUCGAUUAUGAAAAGCAGCACCUGUACUUCUACAUGGUUGGGCUGCCCCUCCUCAUGCCUGUAUAUUUUAACCUGCAAUCCAUGCAAGUGAUGUACCUUCGAAGGUAUUGGGGGGACAUUGCCUGGGUCAGCAGCUUUUACAUCCGAUAUUUUAUCACAUUUGGCCCUUUCUAUGGAAUCUUUGGAACUGUGCUGCUCAUAUAUUUGGUCAAGUUUCUUGAAAGUCCCUGGAUUGCAUAUGUUACCCAGAUGAGCCACAUACCAAUGAAAAUGAGCACAGAGGAGAACCGGGACUGGCUCAGCACUCAGAUCCCAUUACAGUGUUGUGAGGAACCUCAAGAUUCUCUGAACUAUACUUUGAGUAACAUAGAACAGCCACAAAUUCUAUUCCCCACAAUGCCGCGCCAUAAUUAUCACAAGGUGGCACCUCUGGUGAGGUCACUGUGCACCAAGCACGGAUUGCAGUAUGUGAAUAAGCCCAUGUUGAAGGCGUUUGGAGAUAUCGUCAGGGCCUUGAAGAAAUCUGCAGCCCUCUGGAUGGAUGCUUACUACGAAAUAUGA